GAAGACGACGCGGGUGCUGCUGCUGGUAUUGUUGGAGGCGGGGCCGUGCUUGUCGAAGUGCUCGGGGGCGCCGCCACUCCUUUCGAUGUACCAGAUCCCGAGGCUUCCGCGCUCUUCGGGACGGCUGGCGUCAAUCUCGACGCCGUCGAAGACCUCCCUUCGCUUCCGAAGCUGAAGGAGUUCUCGCUCGAGCGCCUCGAUCCUGCUGCUGGUGUUGAGCGUGAAGGUUUGCAUAGUCGAGCGAUCAUCGAUCUCGAAGAGCAUCGUCGGAGCGGCGGGUGCUGCGGGAUUUCUUCUAUGCCACUCGUAGAUUCGAUCCCGUAUCGUGAGACCAGGGAUAGUGCGGGGGCAGAAGCUUCCGUUUGGAAGGAUGAUCUUGCCUUCGGUGUUUCGUUUGCACUUGCCGUCCCGGAUGUCGAUCUCCGCGAACUCGCAGGUGCCUACCCUGCAGCCACGAUUGCCGCA